AUGAUGACCAUGCAAGUAUUGGUGGGGGUGAUCGCGUGCGCGUACGCUGUGCACGCACUGCGUGUCGGCGUCGGUAUCGCUGACGUCACUGGCCCACCGGCCGAGAUCGCAUUUAUGGGCUAUGCACAGCUGGAACAGACCGGUCGUGGCAUCCACCUGCGGCAGUUCUCCAGGGCGUUUGUGUUCGAAGACACUAGCGGCGAGAAGGCACAGAGACUUGUAUUUGUGUCUGUUGACGCUGCUAUGAUGGGCCAUGGUGUUAGAAAAGAGGUGAUCAAACGCCUUCACAAACGCUUCGGUGACAUGUACGGUGAACACAACGUGAUCAUCAGUGGAACUCAUACUCACUCCACUCCUGGAGGGUUCCUUAUGGACUUCCUGUUCGACCUGCCGAUCCUCGGCUUCGUUAAGGAGACGUAUGCUUCAUAUAUUAUAGGAAUUCUCAAAAGUAUACUGAUUGCGCACAACAAGUUGACAGAAGCGCGGAUGGUGUAUGGCGAAGCUGAACUACUGGACGCCAACAUCAACCGAUCACCAACAUCUUAUUUAAGAAACCCACCAGAGGAAAGAGCCAGGUACCAAUAUGAUGUCGACAAAACUCUCUCCCAGAUUCGUUUUGUAACCCCAGACGACAAAAUCCUGGGUGUGAUCAACUGGUUUGCAGUUCACCCUACUAGCAUGAAUAACACCAACCACCUAGUAUCUUCGGACAACGUGGGCUAUGCUUCAAUCUUGAUGGAGAAGGCUCUCAAUGGAAACACAACUCUGCCAGGGAAGGGUAGCAUUGUUUGUGCAUUCGCAUCCACAAAUUUGGGUGAUGUAUCUCCGAACACUCGUGGUCCUCAUUGCGAGUUCUCCGGGAAGGUAUGCGAUCAAGAGAAGCUUCUAUGUAAACUGCCUAAAGAAAGAUGCUUUGCCUCUGGACCUGGCAGGGAUAUGUUUGAGAGCACCAGAAUUAUUGCCACUAAGAUGUUCCAGACUGCUAUGAAAGUUUUAAACGAGCCCGGUGAGGACCUGACAGGUCCUUUAGGCAUUGUUCAUCAGUAUGUCAAGAUGUCAGAAGAAGAGGUAGCGGCCUACGAUCCAAUCACGGAAACUUUUAAUGAUAGUGAGAAAGUGCGAGGCUGCCUGCCAGCAAUGGGUUACAGCUUUGCAGCAGGAACUACGGACGGUCCUGGCGCCUUUGACUUCAAGCAAGGCACCACCACAUCCAAUCCUCUCUGGAACGCUGUUAGAGAUUUUAUCGCUGAACCCACCAAAGACGACAUCAAGUGUCAAGCACCCAAACCUAUUCUAUUAGCUACAGGACGGGCUAAGUUCCCCUACGAGUGGCAACCCAAAGUUGUAUCUUGUUCUGUUGCCCGUAUCGGAAGUUUCUUCCUGGCGGCAGUUCCAGGGGAGUUCACUACCAUGUCGGGCCGGAGGCUCAGGAACAUCAUCUCCAAGACUGCUCCUGAUGCAAGGAAAGUGGUGAUCGCUGGACUUUCAAAUAUUUAUUCGGAUUAUGUGGCUACGUUUGAAGAGUAUCAGGAUAAGUCUCUGGAGCCAGGUCCAGAGCCUCCAGAUCUAAGUGCCCAGCUGAUCUCCUUAGUACCCCCGGUGCUAUGGGACUCUACCCACUGGGGUCAUGAGUUCGGUGACUGUUUGGUGCAGCCCCAGAAACAUUACAGCUAUGGAGAUAUUGUUAUAGCACAUUUUGUAUCAGGCCACCCUCGCAACAGCAUCCGCCACGGGAAAUGGUACCUGACUGUGGAAAAACUUGAAUCUGAAGAAGACGACGCCUGGACCGUGGUAGCUACUGAUGCUGAUUGGGAAACCAAGUUUACUUGGAUUCGUGACUCCAAAGUCAUGGGAACAAGCCACGUAGAGAUCGAGUGGGAGAUUCCUGUGGGAACUUCCAAAGGAACUUACAGGAUCCAUCACUUUGGGAACUACAAAUACGUGCUUGGGGGAAUCUAUCCAUACCAUGGGUUCACGGAUGGUUUCCAGGUGUCGUAG